AUGGGAGAAGUGUGUGUGCGGGUUGUGGUUCGGGUCAGACCGCUGCUUCCCAAAGAGGUGCUCCACAACCACCAGCUGUGUGUGCGCGUGGUGCCCGACACCGCCCAGGUGAUGCUGGGUAGCGACCGAAUCUUUUCUUUUGACCACGCCUUUGGACCGACCGCACAGCACGGUCAGAUUUACGAGUCCUGUGUCAAACCUCUGGUGGCAUCUCUAGUUGACGGCAACAAUGCUACAGUGUUCGCCUAUGGACAAACCGGGUCUGGAAAGACAUACACUCUUGGUGGGGGACAUGUAGGUAAGUUAUUGGUCCAGUGCAGCCGUUUUUAUCUCAAUAUAAAAUCAUUUCUGGGUAACAAUUAAGUACCUUACUGUGAUUGUUUUAAAUUAAAAUGGUCAAAAACAAUUCUGCUUGACUGUCUGGGAGGCUAAAACUCCAUCCCACCAAAUAGGCUGAGAUUUCAGCUGCUUUUCAAACAGCUCUUACACUAAAAGGGCAUUGUCAUCAUUUUCACAAUUUCACAGUAUUAUUCCAACAUCAUAGUGUGGAAAUAUAUAUAUAAAACACAGGAAAAUCUAUUUUUUGACUGCACUGGGCCUUUAAAAGUGUGAGCUCAAGUGUACUCUUUGACAUCAUGCCGACACCAAGUGCAUUGAGGGAUGAUGAUGUUCUGUUCUGACAUGAAUCCUUGAAUAAUCUAUCUACUAUGAUUCUACCCUGAGCUGUCACUUGAGGCAAAUGCAGAGAAUGUUAUGAUUAUACGAUCAUUCUCUAGUGAGAGGAUAAACACCUUUAACCUGACCCUCCUCUCCAGGCAGUUCUUGCACGCGCAAGUUCAGUUGGUAGGGCAUGGCGUUUGCAACGCCAGGGUUGUGGGUUCGAUUCCCACGGGGGGCCAGUAUGAAAAUGUAUGCACUCACUAACUGUAAGUCGCUCUGGAUAAGAGCAUCUGCUAAAUGACUAAAAUCUAAAUGUAAUAUGAUUAUAUUAUCAUCAGACAACUCUGCUUUUGUGUUUUCACCAAGGAAGUUGCUCUCCCUCUGUACUUGUACCCUUGAUAGCAUCUCUGCCGGUGGAGGAGAGUGGGAUCAUUGGUCGGGUUGCAGCGGAUCUGUUUGUGCUCCUGGGGGAGAGGAGGGCUGCGGACGCCAGGGCUGCAGUAGACGUUAGGGUGUCCUACAUGGAACUGUACCAGGAGGAGCUCAGGGACCUGCUGGAGCUCCACACUGCACACAAGGAGCUGCACAUCAGAGAGGAUGACAGGGGCAACACUGGUAACACCACUCACUCUGUCUGUGCUAGGGUGUGUGUGUGAUGUGUCGAGUGUGUGUGUUUAACCCCUUAUGGUUGAUGUCCGCCCCCCCGCGAAAAUCAAAUUAGCAAAUUGACAUAAUAUAAAUCUGUCAGUUUAAGCUAGAGAUACAGUAUCUGUUUUUUUGCAUUGGAUGUGUCUCAAUUCACCGCAUCCGCCUUUGUCACACUUCCACAUCUCUGGUGAAAGGUGACAGAGCUAGAGCGUCAUUUGUCAGACCAUGAGACAUCCCGAAACUCGGUCUUCUCACAAAAUCGUCUGAACGGUUUGGCCUACAAACUAUGGAAAGAUGAGACUCUCACAUUUUUACAUUACAUUUUAGUCAUUUAGCAACGCUCUUAUCCAGAGCGACUUACAGGAGCAAUUAGGGUUAAGUGCCUUGCUCAAGGGCACAUCAACAGAUUUUUCACCUAGUCGGCUCUGGGAUUAGAACCAGCGACCUUUCGGUUACUGGCACAACGCUCUUAACCACUAAGCUACCUGCCGCCCUCACGAACACGAUGGUGUUCUCCGGUUUGCUCUACGACCUCCACAAGUGUCAGGAGACUCGUCUGAAGUCAGUACAACUGAUCUGCCAACUUCUGUCUGAACUGUUUGGGCUACACACUAAUAUGACCCCUCUGUGCAAAGGUGAGACUCUCACGAACAUGUUUUGCUCUAGGACGCCCACAGGCCUCACAAGACUCGUCUGAAGGUCCCCCGGUAGCAGUUAAAAAAAUGAAUGGAAGUACAGUGCAUUCGGAAAGUAUUCAGACCCCUUUAAUUUUCCACAUUUUGUUACAUUACAGCCUUACAGUUUUUGCUUUGUCAUUAUGGGGUAUUGUGUGUAUAUUGAUGAGGGAAAAAAAACUAUUUAAUCCAUUUUAGAAAUUGAUUAAAUUGUUUUUUUCCCCUCAUCAAUCUACACAUAAUACCCCAGAAUGACAAAGCAAAAACUGGUUUUUAGAAAUUUUGGCAAAUGUAUUAAAAAUAAAAAAUGGAAAUAUCACAUAACUAUUCAGACCUUUUACUCAGUACUUUGUUGAAGCACCUUUGGCAGCGAUUACAGCCUCAAGUCUUCUUGGGUAUGACGCUACACACCUGUAUUUGGGGAGUUUCUCCCAUUCUUCUCUGCAGAUCCUCUCAAGCUCUGUCAGGUUGGAUGGGGAGAGUCUCUGCACAGCUAUUUUCAGGUCUCUCCAGAGAUGUUCGAUCGGGUUCAAGUCCGGGCUCUGGCUGGGCCACUCAUGGACAUUCAGAGAUUUGUCCUGAAGCCACUCCUGCGUUUUCUUGCCUAUGUUCUUAGGGUUGUUGUCCUGUUGUAACGUGAACCUUCGCCCCAGUCUGAGGUCCUGAGCGCUCUGGAGCAGGUUUUCAUCAAGGAUCUCUCUGUACUUUGCUCCGUUCAUCUUUCCCUCGAUCCUCACUAGUCUCCCAGUCCCUGCCGCUGAAAAACAUCCCCACAGCAUGAUGCUGCCACCACCAUGCUUCACCGUGGGGAUGGUUUCAGGUUUCCUCCAGACGUGACGCUUGGCAUUCAGGCCAAAGAGUUCAAUCUUGGUUUCAUCAGACCAGAGAAUCUUUUCUCAUGGUCUGAGAGUCCUUUAGGUGCCUUUUGGCAAACUCCAAGCGGGCUAUCAUGUGUAUUUUACUGAGGAGUGGCUUCCGUCUGGCCACUCUACCAUAAAGGCCAGAUUGGUGGAGUGCUGCAGAGAUGGUUGUCCUUCUGGAAGGUUCUCCCAUUACCACAGAGGAACUCUGGAGCUCUGUCAGAGUGACCAUCGGGUUCUUGGUCACCUCCCUGACCAAGGCCCUUCUCCCCGAUUGCUCAGUUUGGCCGGGCGGCCAGCUCUAGGAAGAGUCUUGGUGGUUCCAAACUUCUUCAAUUUAAGAAUGAUGGCGGCGACUGUGUUCUUGGGGACCUUCAAUGCUGCAGAAAUAUUUUGGUACACUUCCCCAGAUCUGUGCCUCGACACAAUCGUGACUCAGAGCUCUACGGACAAUUCCUUCGACCUCAAGGCUUAGUUUUUGCUCUGAUAUGCACUGUCAACUGUGGGAUCUUAUAUAAACAGGUGUGUGCCUUUCCAAAAUUUUAUUUAAUCAUGUCCAAUCAAUUGAAUUUACAACCGGUGGAACCCAAUCAAGUUGUAGAAACAUCUCAAGGAUGAUCAAUGGAAACAGAAUGCACCUGAUCUCAAUUUCGAGUCUCAUAGGAAAGGGUCUGAAUAUUUAUGUAAAUAAGGUAUGUUUUUUAUUUGUAAUACAUUUGAAAACAUUUCUAAAAACCUGUUUUCGCUUUGUCAUUAUGGGGUAUUGUGUGUAGAUUGUUGAGGACAUUUUAUUUAAUCCAUUUUAGAAUAAUACUUUCCGAAUGCACUGUAUAUAUGGAGACUGUUUAAUGUCAAAAAUAUGGGGUUAAAUACAUGUCAAAAAAACUAACAAAUGUUUCCUGAUCUUUCUUAUAUCUCUCAGAUAUAGGAGAGACACUUCAGAACAAACUUCCUUUUGAUAUUUUUUUGGGACUAUCUGUUGUUCCAUGUAAUGAAUCUGUUAUUCAAUGCAUUUGUAUGGGCUAAUAGCAGUAAGGCCAAAACAUUUUUUUCAUCUAAUAAUUUUUUGGGUAGUUCAAGGGGUCCUUAAAUUCUAAAUCAAAUAGCUAAAUGAUCCUUGGUAUGACCUUCUUAAAACAAUUCCAUAAAGCUUAGUAGAUAUAUAUAUAGCUUUAGACAAGGCUUAGACUCUGAUGGGUUAAACCAGCUUCAUGGAAUGCAUUUCAAUUAACAGGUGUGGCUUGUUAAAAGUUAAUUUGUCGAAUUUCUUUCCUUAAUGCGUUUGAGCCAUUCAGUUGUGUUGUGACAAGGUAGGGGUGGUGUACAGAAGAUAGCCCUAUUUGGUAAAAGACCAAGUCCAUAUUAUGGCAAGAACAGCUCAAAUAAGCAAAGAGAAACGACAGUCCAUCAUUACUUGAAGACAUGAAGGUCAGUCAAUCCGGAAAAUGUCAAGAACUUUGAAAGUUUCUUUAAGUACAGUCGUAAAAACCAUCAAGCGCUAUGAUGAAACUGGCUCUCAUGAGGACUGCCACAGGAAAGGAAGACCCAGAGUUAUCUCUGCUGCAGAGGAUAAGUUCAUUAGAUUUAACUGCACCUCAGAUUGCAGCCCAAAUAUAUGCUUCACAGAAUUCAAGUAACAGACACAUCUCAACAUCAACUGUUCAGAGGAGACUGCGUAAAUCAGGCCUUCAUGGUCGAAUUGCUGCAAAGAAACCACUACUAAAGGACACCAAUAAGAAGAAGAGACUUUCUUGGGCCAAGAAACACAAGCAAUGGACAUUAGAUCGGUGGAAAUAUGUCCUUUGGUCUGAUGAGUCCAAAUGUGAGAUUUUUGGUUCCAACCGCCGUGUCUUUGUGAGACGCAGAGUAGGUGAACGGAUGAUCUCCGCAUUUGUGGUUCCCACCGUGAAGCAUGGAGGAGGAGGUGUGAUGGUGUGUGGGUGCUUUGCUGUUGACACUGUUGGUGAUUUAUUUAGAAUUCAAGGCACACUUAAACAGCAUGGCUACCACAGCAUUCUGCAGCGAUACGCCAUCCCAUCUGGUUUGCGCUUAGUGGGACUAUCAUUUGUUUUUCAACAGCACAAUGACCAAACACAUCUCCAGGCUGUGUAAGGGCUAUUUGACCAAGAAGCAGAGUGAUGGAGUGCUGCAUCAGAUGCCCUGGCCUCCACAAUCACCCGACCUCAACCCAAUUGAGAUGGUUUGGGAUGAGUUGGACCGCAGAGUGAAGAAAAAGCAGCCAACAAGUGCUCAGCAUAUGUGGGAACUCCUUCAAGACCGUUGGAAAAGCAUUCCAGGUGAAGCUGGUUGGGAGAGUGCCAAGAGUGUGCAAAGCUGUCAUCAAGUCAAAGGGUGGCUACUUUGAAGAAUCUCAAAUAUGAAAUAUAUUUAGAUUUGUUUAGCACUUUCUUAGUUACUACAUGAUUCCAUAUGUGUUAUUUCAUAGUUUUGAUGUCUUCACUAUUUUUCUACAAUGUAGAAAAUAGUAAAAAUAAAGAAAAACCCUUGAAAGAGUAGGUGUGUCCAAGCUUUCGACUGGUGCUGUCAUGCUGUAUGGAAUCUGACUGUAGUGUGUGGGUGUGUUUCAGUGGUAGUUGGGGCCAGAGAGGCUGUGAUUACCUCAGCUGAGGAGUUGCUGAGCGUCCUUGAGGCUGGCAAUGCCAUGAGGCACACUGGCCACACUCAGAUGAACGAGCGCUCCAGCCGCUCUCACGCCAUCGUUACCCUACAGCUGAUGCAGCAUCACCAUGACAAUGGCUCCGUCCGCUCCUCUAAACUCCACUUGGUGGAUCUGUCCGGGUCAGAGCGGGCUGCACGCACCGGGAACACAGGCCUGCGCCUCAAAGAGUCCGUCCACAUCAACACCGGCCUGCUGGCGCUGGGCAACGUCAUCCGCGCACUCUCCAACCCCCAUCGCCGCCGCAACCAUGUGCCAUACCGCGACGCCAAGAUCACGCGCAUCCUCCGGGACUCACUGGGUGGCUCCGCCCACACACUGAUGGUGGCCUGCGUCAGCCCUUCUCACCACAGUGUCACAGAGACACUGAGUGUGCUGCAGUUUGCCUCACGGGCACGCCACGUGAAGAACCAGCCUGGGUUGUGUCCUGCCAGGGCGUGUCCGGGCUGGCACCCUGAAGAGGCUCGUGUGGGGGAGCUGGAGCAGGAGGUCCAGACUCUGAGAGACGCACUGAGAGAGAAGGAUAAGACAGGGGGAGGGAUUGCUUUGACUGACAGCACCAAACAGGCCACUCAGGAGGAGCGUGAUGACAGGGGGAUGGACCUAGUGGAGGAGUCCCAGUACCGCUGCCUUGCACAGGACGCUGCCUUCCUAUUGGAGGAGCUCCAGAGUUCCACCCAGAGUCCUGUUCUGCAGCAGCGUUUGCAGGAAUGGCUGGAGAGACACAGGGAGCUUAGCCACUCCGGCCACACUGACUAUCAACAACCUGUGGGGGAUGCAGGGGAUGAGCCUCACCAGAUCACCAUCCUCCAGCUCAGACGUGAGCUCAAGAACUGCCAGGUAGUGUAUGUAGUGGGCUCAGUUUCUCAGCUUUGUUUGCUCAAUAUGAUCUGUUUACAAACAUAUUCUAAACAUAGGUAUGAAUUGUAAUUCUCCCCCCCCCCCCCCCCAAAAAAAACUAUAUUUUACUCACUCUCUCUCCCACUCUCCAUCAGGAUACUCUGGCUAUAGACAAGCAGGUGUUUGACCAGAGGGCAUCUGAGCUGCAGCAGGUGCAGAGGCAGGUGCAGACACUGCUACAGGAGAAAGAGACACACCUCCAGUCCUUACAGGAGGAGAGGGAGCACAGACGCAUACAGGUAAAGAGAGAGACAGGAUAGCGAGAAAUUGAGAAACAGUAUAUGCAAUGUUUGAAUGGGGCAUUUCUACAUUGAUGAUGACUGAUGUUUUUUUCCGUUGGUUGGGUAGAUGGUGGAGCAGCAGCUAAUAAUAGAUCGUCUCCGUGGUGAUCUCCUGACCUCCAGGAUGAGAGCCUCGCUGGACACUGGAGCUUCUAGGAAGUCAGCAAGGAGACCUCACAGUGUUCCCCUGAUCAGCCAGGGCCAAGGCAAUGGUGGUACGAGGAAGGUACGUGUCCAGAGCAACUGUGUGUGUGUGUGUGUGUGUGUGUGUGUGUGUGUGUGUGUGUGUGUGUGUGUGUGUGUGUGUGUGUGUGUGUGUGCAACAAUGGAGUUUAUUUUUCUGUGUCUCUUAUGUAGAUCCAUACUAGUCCUCCGGCCUGUUCAUUGGAGAGGGUAAUGGCUGCCUUUAAGACCCGCAGUCAGCUGCUGCUGGCUCAGAUAGAGGAGAGAGACGAGGUCCUCUGCCCUCAAAAAACACAGAAGGAAAGGAGGGAAGAUGAGGAGGAGCUGGGGGGGAGAAGGGUAUUCAGGUGAGCAAGACUGUAAUACUGUAACAUCCUGCUUCAGAGCUAUGUAAUUGUUCUGCUUGCUCAGAACAGACUAGUUCUUUAAUCAGAUGGAUAUAUAGUACCAGUCAAAAGUUUGGACACACCUACUCAUUCAAGGGUUUUUCUUUAUUUUUACUAUUUUCUACAUUGUAGAAUAAUAGGGAAGACAUCAAAACUAUAAAAUAACAAAAAAGUGUUAAACAAAUCUAAAUAUAUUUGAGAUUUGAGAUUCUUCAAAGUAGCCACCCUUUGCCUUGAUGACAGCUUUGCACACUCUUGGCAUUCUCUCAACCAGCUUCACCUGGAAUGCUUUUCCAACCGUCUUGAAGGACUUCCCACAUAUGCUAAGCACUUGUUGGCUGCUUUUCCUUCACUCUGCAGUCCAACUCGUCCCAAACCAUCUCAAUUGGGUUGAGGUCGGGUGAUUGUGGAGCCCAGGUCAUCUGAUUCAGCACUCCAUCACUCUCCUUCUUGGUAAAAUAGCCCUUACACAGCCUGGAGGUGUGUUGGGUCAUUGUCCUAUUGAAAAACAAAUGACAGUCCCACUAAGCGCAAACCAGAUGGGAUGGCGUAUUGCUGCAGAAUGCUGUGGUAGCCAUACUGGUUAAGUGUGCCUUGAAUUGUAAAUACAUCACAGACAGUGUCACCAGCAAAGCACCACCACACCAUCACACCUCCUCCUCCAUGCUUCACGGUGGGAACCACACAUGUGGAGAUCAUCCGUUCACCUACUCUGCGUCUCACAAAGACACGGCGGUUGGAACCAAAAAUAAGAAUAAUAAGAAGAGACUCAUCAGACCAAAGGACAUAUUUCCACCGAUCUAAUGUCCAUUGCUCGUGUUUCUUGGCCCAAGCAAGUCUCUUCUUCUUAUUGGUGUCCUUUAGUAGUGGUUUCUUUGCAGCAAUUCGACCAUGAAGGCCUGAUUCACACAGUCUCCUCUGAACAGUUGAUGUUGAGAUGUGUCUGUUACUUGAACUCUGUGAAGCAUUUAUUUGGGCUGCAAUUUUUGAGGCUGGUAACUCUAAUUAACUUGUCCUCUGCAGCAGAGGUAACUCUGGGUCUUCCAUCCCUGUGGCGGUCCUCAUGAGAGCCAGUUUCAUCAUAGCACUUGAUGGUUUUUGCGACUGCACUUGAAGAAACUUUCCAAGUUCUUGAAAUCUUCCGGAUUGACUGACCUUCAUGUCUUAAAGUAAUGAUGGACUGUUGUUUCUCUUUGCUUAUUUGAGCUGUUCUUGCCAUAAUAUGGACUUGGUCUUUUACCAAAUAGGGCUAUCUUCUGUAUACCACCCCUACCUUGUCACAACACAACUGAUUGGCUCAAGCGCAUGAAUAAGGAAAUAAAUUCUACAAAUUAACUUUUAACAAGGCACACCUGUUAAUUGAAAUGCAUUCCAGGUGACUACCUCAUGAAGCUGGUUGAGAGAAUGCGAUGAGUGUGCAAAACUGUCAUCAAGGCAAAGGGUGGCUGCUUUGAAGAAUCUCAAAUAUAAAAUGUUUUAUUUGUUUAACACUUUUUUGGUUACUACAUGAUUCCAUAUGUGUUGUUUCAUAGUUUUGAUUUCUUCAGUAUUAUUCUACAAUGUAGAAAAUAGUAAAAAAGAAUGACAAACCCUUGAAUGAGUAGGUGUGUCCAAACUUUUGACUGGUACUGUAUUGCAGGCGCUCUAUGAACCACACAUGGACAAUCAGACAGAUUCCAGCCUGCUUUGGCCAGAACCAGGCACAACAUACUAGUUUGGACCAGAUUCAGGACGGGCUCCAGUUACUUCACCCGUCAGAACGCCCUACAGGUAAAUACAGUUUAUAUUACACUAUAUGAGUCUUAGGGGGAAUAUUACCUGUAUUUUCUGUUUCAUUGCCAAGACCGGCCUGUGCCUUCUAUAUGGUGCAAGGAGCGCAGAGUGAGGCGGAGGCAGACGGUGAACCUGCAGCGCUUAAAGACGGCGGAGACACAGAGCAGGGCUAGCCUGCAGACCAGUGGCUCCAGGAAUCUGCACAGGACCAAGGUCAGUGCUAACAAUACAGCAUUCAGAGAACAUUCAUAGAGCAUUUAUACAGACCUCAUAGAGCAUUUAUACAGCAUUCAUAGAGCAUUUAUAGUGCAUUUAUACAGCACUCGUAUAGCAUUCAUAGAGCACUUAGAGUAUUCAUUUAGCAUUCAUAAACGCUCUCAUAGAGCAUUCAUAGAGCAUUCCUACAGCACUCAUAUAGCACUCAGAGUAUUCAUAUAGCAUUCAUAAAGCUCUCAGCGCAUUCAGAGAGCAUUUAUACGGCACUCAGAGUCAUAAAGCAUUUAUUAAGCACUAAUAGAGUAUUGAAGGAGCAUUAAUACAGAACUCCUGUUGACCUUCACGACUGUCAGUCCUUGCAUCCAUAUAGCUCCAUCAGUGGAUGUGGUUACAUUUCUCCAGUCCCAUCCUUCAGCAUCAUAGCAAACCAAGUGGUGGGGCUGCCAUUUAUUAAGAUCUAAGGCCUUUCAUUAAAGUAAUCUAAGGCCUUUCAUUAAAGAGAAUUCAUCCUGUGAACAGCAUGCUAAAGGGUUUGAUGCUGCUGUGUUGCAGGACCUGAGGACAGACAACAAGGCUGUCUUUCAAAAAGGAGACUGCAAAGACUCAGAGGAAAAGGUAGAAUGACGUUCCAGAAUUAAAAGUGUGCCCACAUUACAUCUGUAAAGGAUCACAGGUUUGGGGUGCCCCUCCCUGCAGGAUGAGUUUGUUAUGGCAAAAAAGUAUAUUUCAAUGUUCACCAUGCAGUCAUGGUGAUUCCUUAGAUCUCAUUUGGAUAUUCAACAUAGUUGAAAAUAGGCAAACUGUGUGUGUUUUGAAGUGUUGAUGUGUUCGUUUUGCCACUGUAUGAUGCCCAGCUGUCUGAGAGACGUGCGUGGCUGGAGCAAGAGGAGGAGCGUGCUCUGCAGAGGAGAAGGGGCCUGCAAGAGCUGGAGGAGGAGCUGAGGCGCAGAGAAGAGGUGCUGCAGCACCGAGAGGCCUGUGUCCAGGAGAGGAACCAGCUGCAGAUCAAGAGGCUUCGCUCCAGCCAGGUAAACACAGAGUGGGGCUCUAUGGAAGAAAAAAAAGAAGAACCGUAUAUUUAUUUUUUGUGUGUGUAAUUUACGGCAUUCCAAUGUUAUUAUCUGCAAUUGAAAGUGAUUGUGCGUACGUUCACGUGUGUUCCUCAGGCUCUGAGUCAGGACUUGCUGCGAGUGUCGGCUCGUCUGGGAGAUCUGGAUCAGGAGCUUGAGGAGAGAGGAGGGGUAGAGAGGCGACGGUCCUCCUCUGCAGCGGGGCUGUGUGGAGCGUCCAUGGAGGAGCUGCUGAAGGAGAGAGAGAGCCUGUGUCAGAGGAGGGACACGCUGGACACACAGCUGAGGGACGGCAGGGUGCUCACGCAAGAGGUGAGCACCUUAACAUUCACUAUUUUCCUUCAGCCUGGAUGUCACUCUGACUACAGAGGGCUGAUGUGGAAAUACAUGGUGUGUGUGUUCUUGUGUGUGUGUUCUUGUGUGUGUGUGUAUAGGAGGAGCAUGCUCUGCUGCAGUUGGAGGAGGCCUUGGAGGCGCUGGAUGCUGCAGUAGAGUUUAAGAACCGUUCCAUCCAGGAGAGACAGAGAGACCUCAGGGACACUUCUAACUCCGCCCACGGAGACGACGACAAUGAUGUCAUGAGGGCGCUGAGAGAGCUGUCACUUCCAGAGGCCUCGGCACUGUUGGUGAAAUACUUCAACAAGGUCAGAGUCCCAACACACACACACACUCACCACAAACUACUUUGAGCAACCAAACUACCGUAAUUCAGUUAUUUUCGAUGAAGGAGGCGACAUGAGGAGAAUUAUUUGACCAUUGGCGAGCGAUACGACCAGAGUUGUGCAAAGUGAAACUCUAUGCAAAUCAUCAUCAGAGAUUUGGCUGCGUGAUAACCAAUCUGGGGAGGGAGGCUCUUACUAGUCUAGCCAGCUUUGACACUAUGCUUGAUGGUGAACAUGAUAUUUUGCAUGCUGUUUGGAAUAAACACCCACAAUGGGCGAACUAGGUGAUGCCUACAACAAAGUAGUAUCUCUAGACGACGGUACACUCUGCAUUAGAACCCUCAUUUGAGGAAAGGCUGGGGGGCUGGGAUUGAGAUUAGGGGGUCGAAAAUAAAAGAGGCAGACAUAAAAGAGAUGGUUCACCGCACUCCUAACCUUCCAUUACCCUCCUGCUAAACUGCCAGUUGAACCAAUAACUGAGCAGAUAGUUGAAAGCGUUCCCUUGGCCCCUCCAGGUGCUGUGUCUGCGGGAGUCGGAGCGGCAGCUGCAGCUGCGCUGUGAGGAGCUGCAGCUGCAGAGUGGAGAGCAGGAGGCGGCGACCAGGGAGUUGGAGGCAGCUCUACAUCGCCUCACUCUGGACACAGACCGCCGGCUCACUGAGCAGCAUCAAGAGCACCAACACAGCAUACAGCUACUAAUGCAGCAGGUCCGAGGUCAGUGUGUGUGUGUGUGUGUAUGCAUCAAGUGUGUGGUAUUCCUGCCCCUUCAUGAUGUUUCUGUCUGUUUUACAGUGUUCUCACUGCUCAUUUUGUGUGUGUGUAGAGGGUGGCUUAGGGGACAGUGAUCAGGCGGUCCAGGCUAGGCUGCAGCAGCUGGAGAGAGACCUGUUCUUCUAUAAGAGCUCCAGCCGUGAGCUGAAGAGGAAGCUCAGAGAGCUGGUCACAGACUCCCUCCCCCCCCAGGCUCCAGACCUGCAGGGCAGUAAGGAGGCCAGUGACGGAGCAGGGGACAGCCCCAGCCUGCAGACUCCCAGAGUGGAGCUGGCCCCUGUCCGUCUGUCCUGUAGAGAGCUGAGGCAGAGCUCACCCUCUGACUUCUGCAGCACUAGGGGGCACUCUGCCUUGAAGGCCAGCAGAGGCUCAUUCCAGGAGGACUCCAUCGAAGUGCCCAGAAACACUGACUGA